CACGCUCGCGUGCGCCAUUUUCCUUCCUGUGGAUCGACAACAGAGACGUAUCGUAGUUGGACUCCGGCUCUCUCGCCGAAAUGGCAGUGUGAACGUGUGCAGCCACCCAGCAGCCGCCAACCAAACAGUGCAUCCAGCCAGUGCACUGAGUCACUUCUAAAUCAGGAAACAUGUCGUCCUACGUGAAAAGCUUCAGCACUGCUGCAUUUGACAGCACAGACGAGUUCAGAACCGCCCUAGAGUUACCACACACCCCCUUUGUGACCAACAACAGCCACUAUGACCAUGACAAUGACCAGCUCACAGUUUGGCCUGGAAGACAUGGAGGCCCUGUUUUGGGGGCCUUCCUCUCCCAUGGCUGACGCUGUGGACUCCAUGUUGGUUCACCCUGAUGAUGUACAGCAGAAAGGAGGAGAACGCUCGCUAGGGGAGAACACCUCACCUGCGUCACCCUUCGCUUCCUCGUUGCUGUCUGCUUCCUCGACUCCUCCUCCCUUCUACUCUCCUCCUCCCUCGCCACCAGCCGGUCUCCUGGGUGGGGACAAGAUUGAGUCGGACCUGCUCCCCUUUUCUUGGUUGGACCACCCUGGUCAGCUGAAAUGUGACCAGAUGCAGUCGGGUGACAGCAAAGAGGAUGUGCUUUGUGACUUUGACUGGAUGGGGGAACGGGUGGAUCUGAGUGACUUGGACCUGGACUCUCUGAUUGGCUCCUGCAGUCCUGCUGCGGAGGCUCCAAGCUCCCCAGCUGACCUCCUUGCUUCCCUGGAAUGCUCCAUGGAGCUUGACUCCUUCCAGCUGCCAGGUCCUCCGACCCCUGCACACACCGGCCCUCCAUCUUCUCUACCAACCAUCAGUUCAGAUCCUGCUGCUAUUAUAGAUGAGCCUGAAUCUGGGGUCGGGGGGCAGGAAGUUCCAUCUUCUCCCACCUCUGCCCCAGAGCCACGUGAGGAGCUGGAAAUCAAAUCGGAGCCUGCUUCUCCGGGCCCCCUUCCUGAGGUGUUUGAGUCUCCUUCCUCCCCAGAAUUCACUCUGGACCUGGGCAGCGAGGUCGAUAUCUCCGAGAGUGAGGAGAAACCUCUGGUAGCCUCGGUGGUCCCUCAAGUCCCACGGAUUGUGCUCUCUCUGUCCCCAACUCGCAUCGUCCUUGUCCUCGCGCCCAAAAACGAAGUCACUGCCGCCCCCGAGGCGAUACGCUGCUCCCCACCAGCCUCCCCUCUGCAGAUCUCCCCCAGGAGCAGGCCAUACCCCGAACCUAAACAGCCAUCUAGUCCCCCGCCUACCAGCGUUGAGGCCAGGUACCUCCGGGCUGCAGGUGGACCCGAUAGGGUGUCUCUCAAAGCACCCAGGGACAAGAAGCAGAAGAAAAUGGAGCAAAAUAAAACAGCCGCCACGCGCUACAGGCAGAAGAAGAGGGCAGAGCAGGAUGCUCUCCUUGUUGAGUUCACACAGCUGGAGAGGAAGAACGUGGAACUGACGGAGAAGGCUGAAUCCAUGGCCAGAGAGGUCGAGUACCUGAAGGAGCUGAUGGACGAAGUUCGCCAGACGAGGCUUAAGAAGGGUCUGAGAGCUGACCCCUGAAGGUCGGGCCUGGUGUGGAUCAGGAAGUGAGAAAAGUGUAGAGCCGAGUUUAUUUUUUCAUGCUGCUAGCAUGUUUUUACUUACAGCAUGCUACGUGUAUCAGCACUGGUGUUGAACAGAUGUCCUUGUGUGUUGCAUCUACUUGAGUAUUUUACAGUAAAGUAUACUACUAGAUGACAUGUAUGUGCUUCUGGUAUCUGGACCUGAUACUUAUAAACAUGUUUGCGUGUAAGCAGACUAUGUAGACUAUCUCCUAAUAAAGAGUCUGAAGCCCA